UUUUUUGUUUAGCACGCGUUAAUUUCGUUAGAAUCUUCUAAAUUUCAAUGAAAAUUUUAUAAAAUUUCAUUAAAAACUGAUAAAUAAUUAAUAAAAAUGCCUAAAGAACAGUUCCGUGAGGCAGAUGUGAUUAAAAAAAUAUCACAUGUGCAAUUUAGCAUUAGCAGUCCCGAGGAGAUACAGCAGGAGUCUCACUUACGCAUUGUUUCGAAAAAUCUCUAUCAGGCUCAACGUCAGCCAGUGCCCAAUGGUGUUUUGGAUCGUCGCAUGGGCGUCAGCAGCAAAGACUCCAGCUGUGAGACAUGUGGCCAAGGACUUAAUGAGUGCAUAGGACAUUUUGGUUAUUUGGAUUUAUCGUUGCCGGUAUUUCACAUAGGACAUUUUCGCUCCACCAUUAAUAUAUUACAAAUGAUUUGUAAAUCAUGUUCCCAUGUCAUGCUCAAAGAUACCGAAAAGAAAGUGUAUGAGAAAAAGUUGCUCAAUCCGAAUUUCUCCUAUUUGGCCAAAAAAGCUUUGCAUGGCCAAAUCCUGACCAAGGCUAAAAAGCAAACGAAAUGUCCUAAUUGUGAAGCCAUUAAUGGCGGUGUGAAAAAAGGUCCUGGAUUAUUGAAAAUUUUGCAUGAUCCCUAUAAGGGCAAGAAACAGGAUGCUCUAAUGCACAAAGAUUUGGAUGAAUUGCUGGCGGCUACAGAUAAUAAUCGUGAAUUGAAUCAAAUGCUGCCUAAUUACAAUCAUAUGGAAGAAUUAAAUCCAUUAACGGUAUUGGAGCUAUUCAAAAGUAUUCCAAAACGUGAUAUUCCUCUGCUGGGUAUGACUUGCGAAGGUGCUAAUCCCUCGAAUUUAAUUGUGACUCGGGUCUUUGUGCCGCCGGUGUGCAUAAGACCUUCGGUGGUUUCGGAAGUUAAAGCGGGAACAACUGAAGACGAUUUGACAAUGAAACAAAGUGAAAUUCUUCUCAUCAAUGACGUUAUACAGAAACACAUGACUGGUGGCGGUAAAAUUGAGCUCAUCCAAGAAGAUUGGGACUUCUUGCAACUGCAUGUGGCUCUCUACUUUCACAGUGAGAUUUCUGGCAUUCCCCUCAACAUGGCACCCAAAAAAACCACACGAGGUUUAGUGCAACGUCUUAAAGGCAAACAGGGUCGUUUUCGUGGUAAUCUUUCCGGCAAACGUGUUGACUUCUCAGGACGUACCGUCAUUUCACCCGAUCCCAAUCUUAUGAUACAUCAAGUAGGUGUACCCGAAAGAGUAGCUAAAAUUUUAACUUAUCCCGAGCGUGUAAAUCCAGCUAAUAUACAGAAAAUGAAAGAGUUAGUCAAGAAUGGCCCCAAUGUACAUCCGGGCGCAAAUUAUGUGCAACAAAGAGGUUCAACGUUUAAAAAAUACUUGGCCUAUGGUAAUCGUGAUAAAGUUGCUCAUGAUUUAAAGUGUGGCGAUAUAGUGGAACGUCAUUUAUGUGAUGGCGAUAUAGUUUUAUUCAAUCGUCAACCUUCUUUGCAUAAAAUGUCCAUUAUGUGUCAUCAAGCCAAAGUGCAGCCCCAAAGAACGUUCCGUUUCAAUGAGUGUGCCUGUACUCCCUACAAUGCUGAUUUUGAUGGUGAUGAAAUGAAUUUACAUUUACCCCAAACCGAAGAGGCCCGAGCAGAGGCCUUAAUAUUGAUGGGUAAUAAAUCUAAUUUGGUUACACCCAAAAAUGGAGAAAUUCUUAUAGCAGCCACUCAAGAUUUCAUAACGGGCGGUUAUUUGUUGACUCAAAAAGAUGAAUUUUUGACCCGCGAACAGGCCAUGCAAUUGGCGGCCUGCUUUUUGGCUGGACCAGAUGCUAAUAUGCAUAUUGAUAUGCCACCACCAGCCAUACUCAAGCCACGUAAACUUUGGACGGGUAAACAAAUCUUUAGUUUGCUAUUAAAGCCCAAUAAACAAUGUCCGGUUAAAGUGAAUUUAAUCACUAAAGGCAGAAAUUAUACGGGCAAUUAUGAUUUGUGUGCCAAAGAUUCAUGGGUUAUUAUACGUAAUUCCGAAUUGAUUUGCGGUUCCAUGGACAAAAGUACUAUGGGUUCUGGUACUAAGAAUUGUAUAUUCUAUGUUAUUUUGAGGGAUUAUGGUGAAAACUUUUCCACCAAAUGCAUGUGGAGAUUAUCUAGGAUCUCUUCAUAUUUCAUACAAAAUCGUGGCUUCUCCUUUGGCAUCAGUGACGUUACACCCAGUGCCCGUUUGCUGGAGGAAAAACAAAAGCUUCUGGAAAAAGGUUAUGCCAAAUGUGACGAGUAUAUAUUGGAAAUGAAAAAGGGUACACUACAAUGUCAACCGGGUUGUACGCCUGAACAGACCCUAGAAGCUGUUAUGCUGCGUGAAUUGUCCACUAUACGUGAACAGGCGGCUAAAAUAUGUUUCCGUGAAUUACAUCCCACCAAUAGUGCUUUGAUAAUGGCUUUGUCUGGCUCCAAAGGUUCCAACAUUAAUAUAUCCCAAAUGAUUGCUUGUGUAGGACAGCAGGCCAUUAAUGGCAAGCGGGUACCCAAUGGUUUUGAAAAUCGUGCUCUGCCACAUUUUGAGAAAUUUUCCGCCAUACCGGCAGCCAGAGGUUUCGUGCAGAAUAGUUUCUAUUCCGGCUUAACACCCACCGAAUUCUUUUUCCACACCAUGGCCGGCAGAGAAGGUCUGGUAGAUACUGCUGUCAAAACAGCAGAAACUGGUUAUUUGCAAAGACGUUUGGUGAAAUGUCUGGAAGAUUUGGUGGUGCAUUAUGAUGGCUCUGUGCGCAAUGCUAUUGGCGAAAUUGUUGAACUUAUUUAUGGUGGUGAUGGUUUGGAUCCGGUCUUUAUGGAAGUCAGAAAUAAACCCGUUGAUAUGGUAAGACAAUUAAAUCACUUGAGAGCCGUACAUCCGUAUCGCGACGAAGAACCUUUGCCCGCCUCUGAUAUUAUUAACAAAACCCAGGAGAUUUUGAAAGAGGACGAAUUCACCAUGAGCCGUAAAGAUUUUCAAAAUGAAGUGGUCACUUUCAUAGAAAAAAUCUCUGAGAAAAUCACUAAGGUCCAGGAAAAAUACAGCCAGCAUCCGAAAUUGGGCCAUGAGGUAGAGCGCUUGUCAGAGGGACAAAUACGCACAUUUAUGCGUUGGGUCAAUGACAAAUACAAUAGAGCUGUUACCGAACCCGGUACAGCGGUAGGAGCUGUAGCGGCCCAAAGUAUUGGUGAGCCGGGCACUCAAAUGACCCUGAAAACUUUCCAUUUUGCUGGUGUAGCUUCCAUGAACAUUACCCAGGGUGUGCCACGUAUUGUGGAAAUUAUCAAUGCCACCAAAACCAUAUCGACCCCCGUUAUAACAGCUGAAAUUGUAAACAAUACCAGUAUGGAAUAUGCGCGCAAGGUUAAGUCGCGCAUAGAAAAGACUACUUUAGGUGAGAUUUCUUCUUAUAUAGAAGAGGUCUAUAAGCCGGAUGAUUGUUAUUUGGUGGUACGUUUAGAUUUGAAUCGUAUUAAAGUGUUGGGCUUGGAAAUUAAUGCUGAAACUAUAAGAUAUUCCAUUUGCACUUCGAAAUUACGCAUUAAACCGGCCUUGGUAGAUAUUAUGGGCUCUUCCAUUAUCAUUGUGCGCAUUGAUAGCUCCAAACAUGGUGCUGCCUUAAAUGCCGAACUUCAACGUUUAUCCGCCUCCAUACAAAAUGUGGUGGUAGCCGGUCUACCUCAUAUUUCCCGAGCCGUUAUAGCUAUUGAUGAUUCUCGCCUGCCCGCCACUUAUAAAUUGUGUAUAGAAGGUGCUGGUUUAAGAGAUGUAAUGGCUACAUAUGGUGUGGUGGGAGCCAAGACCAAAAGUAAUAACAUUUGGGAGGUCUAUAAUACAUUGGGCAUUGAGGCAGCACGCAGUACUAUAAUGACCGAAAUUACCGAUGUCAUGGAGGGUCAUGGCAUGAGUGUGGAUCAGAGACAUAUCAUGUUGCUGGCCAGUCAAAUGACUUCGAGAGGUGAAGUGCUGGGUAUUACCCGGCAUGGUUUGGCUAAAAUGCGUGAAAGUGUUUUCAAUUUGGCUUCGUUUGAAAAAACUUCUGAUCAUUUAUUCGAUGCUGCCUACUUUGGCCAAACCGAUGCGGUGGAUGGUGUUUCCGAGCGUAUUAUUUUGGGCAUGCCGGCCGCUAUAGGCACUGGACUCUUUAAAUUGGUACACAAUCAUGAGGACACCGCAUUGCCUGAAAUACAAGCACCCAUAUUUUCCUCCAUGGCCGCCUAAAUUUAAAUUGUUUUAUGUUUUAUAUUAUAAAGUUUGUCGUAAGUUUUAUUAAACAGAAUUUAAAAUAAAAAUUAAUAUUUUUAA